AUGUCUGAUUCUGAAAAAGGCGCAGCUGUACAUCAUCGAGAGGAGACAAGCAUGACUCCCAAGCAAGGAGCCGAAGUUGACACCAUCCAUCAGGAUGAGGCCAUGAGAGUUUUAGAGGCCUAUAGGGGUGAUGAAGUUUGGACUGAGGCGGAGGAGAAAAAGUUGCGCCGCAAGAUUGAUUGGAAGCUUAUGCCUGUUCUCUGUGCAACAUAUGGACUUCAGUACUACGACAAAGCCAUGCUUUCCCAAGCAGCUUUGUUCGGACUCAGAGAAGAUCUCGGUCUUCUCACCGGAGAUCGAUAUGCCAUGUCGGCUGCCAUUUUCUACCUCGGUUUCAUCAUUGGAGCGUAUCCAGCAAUGAUGAUUGCUCAACGAUAUCCUAUCGAACGAGUUGCUUCCGGUAUUGUCACAAUUUGGGGUAUCUGCCUCAUGUUGACUGUGGUUUGCAAAGAUUACAAGACACUUUAUACGCAACGUUUCUUCCUCGGUUUAUUGGAGAGUGGUAUCAGCCCCAUGUUCAUGAUGAUAGUGGGAAGCUUUUAUAAAAAGAAUGAACAAGCCAUGCGCAUGGGUAUUUGGUACUCUUGUACUGGCUACGUCUCGAUAAUCUCUCCCAUCAUCAACUACGGGUUCGGUCAAAUCAACGGAGGGGUAUCAUCUUGGCGAUAUAUGUACUACUUCGCCGGCGCUCUGACUAUCGUCUGGGGAAUAAUCCUUGUCUUUGUUCUCCCUCCCGAUCCCGUCCGUGCCAAGGGCUUCAACGAGAGAGAAAGAUACAUCUUGGUUGCCAGACUCAAGACCAACAACUCUGGUGUCCGCAACACUCAUCUCAAAGUUGCUCAGAUCUGGGAACUCUUGCUUGAUCCCAAGUUCUGGGUUGUAUUCUCCAUCGCUUUCUUAUCCAUGAUUGCCAAUGCCCCCAUUUCUACCUUUGUCCCCAUCAUCAUCCACGGUUUCGGCUUCAGCACCCUCAACUCUCUGUUGCUUAUGAUGCCUUGUGGCGCAUAUGCUGGAACGCUUCAGCUUCUGUUCCCCUACCUGGCCUACAAAUACAGAAACAACAGAUCCUACUUGGUUUUUAUUGCUCAGAUGGGCACUGUCCUCGCUGCGUUGCUUCUCUGGCUUCUUCCACUCUCGGCUACUGGGGCACUACUCUUUGCUGUGUACAUUCUCCCAUCCGUGGGCGGCGGCUAUGCUGUUCUCAUGGGUCUUCAAAUUGCCAACACUGCCGGGUACACCAAGCGUUCCGUCGCAUCAUCUGGUCUCUAUAUCGGCUACUGUCUCGGCAAUUUUGUUGGUCCUCUCUGUUUUAAGAAAGGAGACGCACCUCGCUUUGAACCUGGUUUUAUUGUUGUCGUCGUUACUUCAAUUAUAGCCGGUCUGCUUGCUCUUGUUUAUCGUGGUCUAUGCAUGUGGUCCAAUAGCAAGCGCGACAAGUCUGGUACCACCGAAGGAUUUGAUCAUGCUUAUGAGGAUGACCUCACUGAUAAGAAGAACAUGCAAUUCCGGUACAUCCUUUGA